AUGAAAGGUCUUUAUAAGUUCCUCGUAGUAAUAUAUAUGUGCACAAGGUCGUGUGUGGCCGUGAACAACCACAAAAAUAACAGUUUUUUAAACCUUCUAUCUAACGACAAGGCCUUUUCUCCGGCAACAGAGCCCGAGGCCCCCGAGGAAGCGCCCGAGAAGCCCUCGAGGGGCUCCCCGAAGACCACAAUAGAGAAGAUCAAGGGGCUUUUCAAGACUGAGGACAAGGUCUCCACGAAGAGGCAGAACAACGCUCUCGUGAUGGAGUUCGAGGGCUACAAGAACGUGAGGAACAAGAAGGAGGUGGACGUCAACCACCUGCAGGUGCAGAAGUCGAACAACAUGUUCACCAACAACACCGACAAGGGCGUGUUGCACUUCACCAGCGACCUCGGCAAGCUGUCCGGCAAGGGCUCCGUGACCAGGGCUACUCUGAAGCUCAACAAGCUGUUCGACGCCAAGAACUUCGGCUUCGCCUGCAAGUCCAACGCCGUGAACCUGUUCCUCAUAGAGGCCCCCGCCGAGGACCUGAAGCUGAAGACCGUCAAGGGCCCAAUUAAGUUAGAGUUCAAAAAGGACGAAAUGGAGUUCGACAUCACCAAAUUUUUCGAAGACCUUGACGAUAGCGCAGCCCCUGGUCCUGGUCCAGCAGCUAACCUUUCAGGUACGUUUUCAUAUCUUUCAUCAGAGUUUGCGCGUCGUUUCCAAAGAACACCGAAUCACCAAUCAACAUGUUUUCACAUCAAUUUAGGAGCUGCAACCCUUUUGCAAUUCACCGAUUUAAGCGACAAUGACGACGACCUCGGCUUUGAGGAUGAGAAAACCGGAAGUUCUGCCAAGGGAGGCUCCGAUGAAAGUGACGAUGACUUCUUCGAUAAGAAGAGCACAACCACUGAGGAGCCUGAAGGAGACUCGCCCGCCGUCAAGGGCGCUUUUGACAGGUAUUUGAUGCUCGAAGCCGACGACGGCUGCUACUUCGGAUUCGACGUAGAUAAGAACAAGCCAAACGUCAAGAUCGAGUUAUCUAAAAAGGUCGUCAACAGGACCAAGGGAAAGUACAAGACUGCCAGUAUCACGGCCCUGGGAUUGACCGGCGUUGGUCUGAUUGGAGUCGUCGGAUACCUAUUGAAGAAGAGGAAGACCGAACACACUUUUGUCUUCGACAAUUCACAAAAUGAGGUCAUGGCCGGCUACUAA